AUGUGGGCGGCCAUUUCGGGCCCGUGCACGUUGGACGGCGCCUGUGUGCAGAGCGCGAACUAUCCACAGGCUUAUAAUAACAACGAGGCGUGCACGAUUGAGAUCGACGCGGAGAACGCAGCACCGAUCGUCGUGGAGGCUUUCAAUGUAGAAUGGUACUUCGACUACAUCGUUAUCGACGGAUGGAAAUAUUACAGCGGAAGUUCGGGUCCGUCUGGAUUCACACCGUCAUCCAGUAUCGUGUGGUCGUCCGAUUUCAGCGUUACGAGGAGUGGAUGGAAAUUUUGCGUACCAGUGUCAACACCUGCACCCCCUCCGACAACAGCACCAACGCCUGCACCGACCUCUGCGCCGACUCCCGCACCGACAGCUGCGCCGACUCUUGUGCCCACUCCUUCGCCAACCGCUGCGCCGACGCCCGGUUCUGCGAGCAUGUGGGGGACCAUCUCAGGACCGUGCACGUUGGACGGCGCCUGUGUGCAGAGCCCGAACUAUCCUCAGUACUACAGCAACAGCCAGGCUUGCACGAUCGAGAUCAACGCGGCGAACGCAGCACCGAUAGUUGUGGAGUACUUCAAUGUGGAGUCGUACUUCGACUACCUCCUCAUCGACGGCUGGAAGACUUUUAGCGGCAGGCGCCGCCGUCCGUCUGGGUUCACACCGUCAUCCAGUAUUUUCUGGUCAUCCGACUUCUCCGUGACGAGGCGCGGUUGGAGGUUGUGCGAGCCAGAUCGCCGCCUUCUGGAGGAGGCCCCAGCGCCCGACGAGCCAGCCUUCCUGAUUUAG